UAUAAUUCAUGUUUUCACAAUCCUCCAAUUUAAAAAAUUGAUAAUCUAAUCUUGAUUGAAUCCUCCAAUGGCGAGAAAGCGCAAGCCUCUCUGGGGUCUCUCCACCAAGAAGCUCGGAAGACUCCCUCACGUGUUCAGCAGGGUUCUCCAACUCCCCUUCCCCGCCGACACUGACGUUUCCGUCCAGGAAGCUCCCCACUGCUUCCGAUUCGUGGCGGAGUCCCCCGCCGCCGGCCAAGUGGAGGCCCACAUCGUCGAAAUCCACCCCGGGGUCACCAAGGUUGUCGUCAGAGAAACUGGCUCCACCGCCUUGAACGACCUCCACCUUGAUGUUUGGAGGAUCCGCCUCCCGGAAUCCACGCGCCCGGAGCUCGCCACCGCCGUCUUGGCCGCUGGGGAACUGGUCGUCACGGUGCCCAAGACCCAGGAUGUCUGGGCUGCUGUACCCUCUUUUUGCAGCAUAGCAACUAACUUACACUGUUGAGGGUGUUGUUUCCUGCGUCUUUAUCAAUGCUAGUAUUGGCUAACGUGCGCCUUCUGUUCUUCUAUCCUAUUCCUUUGUGACUUUCUCAGUUCUUCCAUUCUUGUUCUUAUUCUCCUUAGAACCUAACCUCCCACAAAAACUUCUCUACGGGGUUCUUUCGAUAGGAAAUAAAGCCAGAAAAAAAUAUGGAAUUUUUAAUUGAAGAUAAAAAAUAUUUUUUAUUUUGUUUGGCUA